GGGGCGCGGAGCGGCCGCGGUGACGCCUCGGCGGCGACGCCUCGGUGCUGCCGCGGCCGCGGAUGUGCGCCGGGCUUCUCCCCACGCCCCCGCGGCCCCUGUCCCUGGCCGCUGGUCCUCGGGCAGGACUUCUGGCGGGAGCCGGGUGGGAAUCUCUCCUGACCCCUGCGAGGGGUGUCAGAGCCAUCGCCUUUGCCUCGGUGCCCGCUCCCCCCCCACCCCCCGCCAAAGCGCUGCCUCGCGAAGGCGCGCAGAAAACCCGGUCCCCGGGCGCGGGCAGGGCCGGCUCUGCUGCCGGCUCCCUGCCACGGCUGCGGGAGUGCACCGGUCCCGUUAUUUCCCCUCCCGUCUCCCCUCGGCCGCCGCCCCGGUCCCCCUCCCCCUGCUGCCUUCGACAGGCUCCGCGUCCCUCCUGCCCCACGGAAAACACACACAGUCCCCGGCACCCGCCCCGGCUACCCGGCCCAUUCAAACAAACAAACAGAAACCUGCCCCGUCGCAAAGCCAACCGACGGGGGGAAAAAUUAGCAGGAGGAGAUCAGAGAAGAUAAACGAGGAGCAAGCAGCUUCCCCGAGACCUUUCACUGCGGAUCCGAGAGGGAACA